AUGCGCGCGGCACGAUUCCACAACAAGGGCGACAUCAGGGUCGAGGAUGUCGACCAACCAAAGGUGACGGACGGCAAGGUGUUGGUAGAAGUCGAAUGGUGUGGCAUCUGCGGCAGUGACUUACACGAGUAUCUCAUGGGACCGGCUCUUCUGCCAGUCACACCACACCCGAGGACCGGGGAGUGUGUUCCUAUGGCGUUGGGUCACGAGCUAUGUGGAAGAAUCAAGAAUCCAUCUCCUGGAUCUCGAUUCAAGGAGGGAGAGGCCGUCAUGGUGGAUCCAAGGGUGCUCUGUGGGUCCUGCCUUUCCUGCAAAGCAGGGCAGACGCAUUGCUGUUCAUCUCUUGGAUAUGUCGGCGGGACGACAACCGGCGGGUAUGGUGAGUUCGUUGCCGUCGAAGAGGAGAGGCUCUAUCCGUUGGGCUCAAUACCACUUGAGCAUGCUGCUGUCAUCGAGCCUCUCGCAGUCGUGCAACAUGCUGUCAAAGAGUCUGGCGUCAAGGAUUGGAAAGACAAGACCGUGCUUGUGCUAGGUGGUGGACCCAUAGGCUUUGCAUUGAUGCUCAUCUUGAAAGCUCACGGGGCUACAAAUGUUAUUGUUUCUGAGCCGGCAAUAAUUCGGCGGGAGCAAGGGUCGGAGUAUGCUCAGGCCGUUAUCAAUCCAGUAAAGGAGAAAGUUGGGGACAGAUGUCGGGAGCUCACAGACGGUCGAGGAGUUGACGUCGUCUUCGAUUGCGCUGGAGUCCCCAUUGCCCUUGAAGCAGGAUUCGACGCUAUUUGCAGCUCAGGACUCUAUAUCAUGGUUGCUGUGUGGGAGAAACCGUUGACCUUGCCUUGCUGGACCUUCCUGCAGAAACAUGUCACUGUCAAAGGAGUAUUGAUCUUUUCGACGGAAGACUUUGAGGAAGUCAUGGAAAUGGUAGCGAAAGGUAAGAUACCUGGCUACGAAAAGCUCAUCACGGGCCGUAUUGGGUUGGACGACAUAGUCAAGAAAGGCUUCGAAGAACUGGUCAACAACAAGGACAAGCACAUAAAGAUACUGGUGAGUCCAAAGAAUGCCGUAGCAGCUUAA